CGUUUUCGGUAUAAACCAUACCUGACCAUCGACAUGGCAGAAUUUGGAUAUGUGGAUAUUGAAGUGGCCAGCGUUGCCACCCCUUGGUGCACAACGUGUAGGAGGUUUUUUCAUUUGGCAGGAGAUCGUGAGUGUGUUAAGAGCAAACGAAGAAAUGCGGAUCCUCGAAAGUCAAAGAAUAAAGCUCCAGUUGAGGAAGAGGAAGACGGAUCGGAGAAGGUGGCAAGUCCGUCUGGGGAACGAGAGGUGAAAGGGAAAAAAAACCCGUCCCCCCAAAAGAAGGGGUGGGACAUAGUGGUCUGGAAGCCUUAUCAAAAUCCAACUCAUGAUCCCGGAGUGGAUGGGGUGGGGAAUCAGGAGGAGGCUCCACUCCAGGAUUUGGAAAUGAAGGGACAGGUCACAGGGCAUACGGAGGCCAACGUGGAGAAAGUGAGUGAAGGCCUUAGUGGAGGAGAAGCGGCCAAGACACAGGACACAGGGCUGAAUGAAGGAGAUAUCGAAAAGGAGGUUGAAGGGGUAGAUUCGGGGGAAGAUCAGGAGGAGCUAUAUGAGAAUGAAGAAACGGGUUUAAUUCGUCGUCGCAAUAUUGGAAAUUUGACCUCUCCGCCUAACCCGUCCACGGAGUGGGCUAGCGGAGACAAAGAGAAUCGUAAUACAACGGCGAUUUUUCUGUUGGACGAGGAAGAUCUAGAGGACUUGGUGGAAGAAGGAGAAGAGGCGAAAGAAGUAAAGGAUGAGGCUCCGAGAGAUCACUCUGAUUGCUUAGAGGAGAUGGUGGAUGAAGGCAUGGAGGGAGUGGUGGGAACGGAUUUGUGUGAUCAAGAAUCGGAGGAAGACAUUCUCGGAGCCACGGGGAAGGAAUUGGGUUGUGAUCCUCUUGAAGUGGAAAAAGAUAGUAUACGUCUUAUUUCUGAGGAAGAGGUUCAUACCCCGCCUCCAUCCCCUGACCGAGAAGAAUCUACCUCAUUGGACGUCUUCAAGGUUUACUUCAAUCAUUCGUACGAAGUAGGCAACCACAACUCUACUGAUGUUCGUGAAGCAAGAGGGGAGCAGUAUCCCUCUCCACUUGGUCACUCUAUUCCGAAAGGAAGCCACAUGGCCUCAGCUACUCACGGUUUGUUACAGAAAGGAUCCAGCUAUGGCUGCCAAGUGGCAAAGGUAAGUGACUGUAGCGGGGACAGCGCCGAGUCGGUGGAAAUGGCGGGAAACGAGUCUGUACCACCUCGAUCUCCCGCCAAAAUUGAGCCUUCCCAAGCGGUAGGGGCUGCUAGCAGGCGUCAGGUAAUGCUCCCAGGAGCUAUACUGGUAUGUAGGGGGGAGAAAGCCUUAGGGUGGUUCUCACCGAACAGGAGGUUCGUGCUGCGUAUAAGGAGUGACGGAUCGUGCGGCAUCGACCUCAUUGCAAGAACCGUGGGAACGAUAAAUUCGAUGAUGACGUGGAGGAACAGGGAGACGACACGUGUCUGGACGGCUGUCCACAGCAGCGGAGAAAUUGUCAGGCCGGUAGAGUGUGUGUCUAUGGAGGAAGAUGGCGGGCUGGUGCUGAAAGACGCGUUUGGAAAGCGAAUGUGGACGGCAGUACGGCUAGAUUCCGAUUCCGAUCAUGUCGGAAGACGAGGGUCAGACACGUGGAGGAGGAGGAGGAGGAGAAGCAGGAGCAGAGGGAAGAAGAAAGCUCAACGAGGAGGAGGAGGAGGAGGAGGAGGAGGAGGAGGAGGAGGAGAAGGGGAAAGACGAGGAGAAAGUGGGGACGGACAGUCUGAUAGCGUGGACAUGGCUGGUUUUCCUAAAGCGGUACAAGGUCAGCUGCAGGAUGAUGGAAACUUGGCCAUUUUAGGAACGAAGCGUGGUCGUCGGGGCCCGUUUUGGGCAAGAGGAGGAGGAGGAGGAGGAGAAGGAGGAGGAGGAGGAGGAGGAAGUGGGGAGGGACAGCCUGAUAGCGUGGACAUGGCUGGUUUUCCUAAAGCGGUAGAAGGUCAGCUGCAGGAUGACGGAAACUUGGCCAUUUUAGGAAAGGAUCGUGGUCGUCGGGGACCGAUUUGGGCAAGUUUCUGGCACCCCACGGACACGCUUCUUCCCGGUCAGUUCCUCUCUUCGACGUCGCGCACUGCCAACCGCCUCGUGUCGGGAUCGGGGCAGUAUGCCCUGCUUUUCUCCGGUGUCGGCAGCCGCGACCCCAUCAUCGGCAGUCGCGACAGCAGGCAGCCGCCGCAAACCGCAAACGAUCACGUCGAAGAAGGCUUGGAACUUCGGAGCAAUCGCACAAAAGGUGGCCAGAUACGUGGAAGAGUGGCCGCAAUUGCGGCCAGAUACGUGCAGGAAAGCCCCAGUGCGAGUGUGUUCGUAGAGCUUAGGAAAACGCGAUCGAAUGACGGCUCAAUCUUGCGUUACUGGAGAUAUGAAGUAGGGAGAGAAAGACGACGAGGACUAGGAGGAGUGAGACGAUCAAGAGGAGGAGGAGGAGGAGGAUAUGACAAGGACGGCGACAGUUCAAGUCCUAACUUAAAGACUCGACGUAACUACACAUCGAAAAGACUAGUCAUGAGAAGAUUCACGGAAGAUUCACGGAAGACUCGACGUAACUACACUAGUGCAGAGACGAUGCACUACGCCAACAGGACACUAAGUCUUGGUCUAGUCGGAAUCGAUUCCCAACGAAUAGUACGCGAAUCUUCCGUGAAUCUUCACAUGACUAAAUCGGGAACACUGCUUGUCCUGUUGUCCAAGAAUGGUCAGUUCGAUCUACACCGCAACUCCCGUGAAUCUUCCGUGAAUCUUCACAUGACUAAAUCGGGAAAACACAUACUUAUGACAAUGGCCUCCGUUCACAAGUCCCUUUCUUCUUCUUCUUCUUCUUCUUCUUCUUCUUCUUCUUCUUCUUCUUCAGAGAAGGAGGAAGGAGCGGAGUUAUUAGCAUUUGCCAAACUCCAUGACGACGGGGUGCUCAGACUAUGGGUGAAGACAGUGAGUGCAGGAGGCGAAUCCGGAGGAGGAGGAGGAGGGACGAGUUUAUCACUGGAUGAAGGAACCGGUGAUGGAGCGAGGAGAUGGAGAGCGGUCAGGAAGAUUCCUGACGAUAUCUGUCAGACGGAAAGAUGUGGCGUUGACUCAGUCUGCUUGUCACAUAGCGAAAUGCAAAAAGCUGCGGGUGCACGAAGAGGAGGAGGAGGAGGAGGAGGAGGAGGUGAUGGUGGUCCUGAAGGAGGAGGAAGAGCAGGAGAAGGAGCAGCGGGAGACGGAUAUAGUUGCUGCUGCUUGUCAGGUUCUCAUAAGACACAUGACGACGGCUCUACCAGGUACGAAGGCCGCAUUUGGACCUCCUCCUCCGUAGACGACCCGGCCAGCGCGACCACUUCGGUCGGGUUUCCGAACCUAGUCCAUUUCUUGGGCAAAGGGGUGAGCUUUGCACGUCCCGGGAUCGAAGCCGUCACUGCUGCUCUGGGGCUUCCCGCUCUACCACUAAGACUUCCCGCUCCUGCCAAACCGUUCCCCUCCUCCUCAUCUGAUUGCAGCUUCCAUGCUGGAGAUGGGCGAGAGAUCUGGACCGUCGACAUAAACUGCAGCGAUUCCAGUCCUCCUUCCCAUCACCACCACCUCCUCGUGGAGAAUGAUUCCUCUGCUCAGGUACUACGAAGUUUGACUACGACUUCAACUUUGACUCAUCCUAGAGUGGACGAGCGGAGGUUGACUUUGACUUUGCGUUCCACUACCGGUCAGAAACAGUACAGAGCGCUGAGGAGACUCCUGUGGACUCAGAUGGAUGAUCUUACCCGUCGGUCUUCAGAUGUAAAUCGGACUGCAGAAGCUGAGCAAUGGUCGCUAGCUCGCGUUCGAUCUGCUCUUAGGCUAGAGAUGCACAAUGAGGUCCCCGAUUCGAAAAAACUGUCUUCUCCUUCGGCAUUACCCCUGUUCCUGAGCGAAGUGUCGGGCUCAUCGAGCUCGUCCUCCCUCAAUACCCAUCUAAUAUGCAAUCAACCAUCGCCUGCUCCCGCUAGAUCUGUCAAUUCCACCGCUUUUUCUACCGCUAAGGAGUUUUCAACGUCAGAGGAAGAGAGGAGGAGGGGUUCAGUCCAUCGCCAUCUCCUUUCAACUCCUCCCCACCAGUCAAUCACAUCCCAUCAGUUCCUUCCCAAGAGCCCGAGGAUUCCACCACCUCCCACCCAUGCGUCUCCUCCGUCAGAAGAGGAGAGCACUCCAUCGCCAUCUCCUCCCUUCAUCUCCAUCCCGGCAGCGAAUCAAGAGCCCACUCAUGGUUCACCUCCUUCAGAGGAGGAGAGCACUCCAUCGCCAUCUCCUCCCUUCAUCUCCACCCCGGCAGCGAAUCAAGAGCCCACUCAUGGUUCACCUCCGUCAGAGGAGGAGAGCACUCCAUCGCCAUCUCCUCCCUUCAUCUCCACCCCGGCAACGAAUCAAGAGCCCAUUCAUGGUUCGCCUCCUUCAGAGGACGAGAGCACUCCAUCGCCAUCUCCUCCCUUCUCCUACUCGCCAACCAAUCACACGCCAUCGCCUCCUCCCAACGAAGCUGACAAUUCCACCGCUCCUCCUGUCCACGAGGCCGAUGUUCACUUUCCCCCCUCCUCCUCCACGCCCACCGUUCCUCACGGGGGCGACGACAUUCCACCAGUAUUUCCCUCCUCCUCCUCCUCGCCCACCGUUCCUCAAGGGGGCGACGUCAUUCCGUCAGUCUUUCCCCCCUCCUCCUCCCCACCCAGCGGUCCUGAUUGGGACAACGUCAUUCCAUCAGUACUUCCUCCCUCCUCCUCCUCCCCACCAACCGAGCACACGCCAUCGCCUCCUCCUCCUCCCAACCAAGCCGUCAAUUCCACCGUCCACGCCUCUCCAUUUCCCUCUUCCUCCUCCCCUCCAACCAAUCCACCACCAUCGCCUCCUCCCAACGAGGCCACCUACUCCACCCCUCCUCCUUCCUUGGACAAGUCCCCUCCGUCGAAGCAGGUCACUCCAUCACCCCUCCCUUCCUCCUCCUCCCCCUCCUCCUCCUCCCCCUCCUCCUCCCGCCCCGCGAAUCAGUCGUCACGGCUGACCUCUUCUUCUCCGCCUUCUCAGAGCAGAAGUUCGCUCCCAGCUAUGACCCCGGGCAGAGGUCGGGAUACUGACCGGAAGCCUACCCUCGCAAACGACACUCUACCCGGACUUAAGAACAGCACUGUGAAGGGGUCUAGAUCGGUCUUGGGGUUCUCGACGGCAACGUUGAUCAUUGCUAUCUUGUUGAGUGCCGUGAUCCUCCUCCUCUGCCUCGUUCUGAUAGUAGUGUCUGUGUGGUACUCACGGCGGCGGCGGGGAAAAAGGCUACGAACGGAUCACCCCAACGCCGGUGCAAUUGAACUGGUACAUACAAUUAGUGAACGUUACCCCGAUGCAGGGAUCGAGCCUCCUCUGCACCAUCCUCACCGUCAGGGGGAUAUCAUGCUGCCUGUACAAAUGGGGCACAGGAUCUCCCCGACCAGUGCACAGGUGCCGGCAUGAUGACGGGACCGCGGCGGCAUUUGGUACAUGCUACUAGCGGUAGCUAGAUGGAUUGGGACUGGGACCGGGAGCUAUGGUGGUAUUUAGUCCCGUUUUCCGUUUGGGACCGUGUUAUGUGGUAGGCCUAACUUCCCACGAGACCCCACCCACAGUGAUGACCUUACACCAUUCCCUGGCGCACUCCCACUGCCAACGAUCCUCCCUCGCUGAGGACCACUGCAUCACCCAUCUACCAGCCCUUGGCCAAGGGCCCUGAUGUAGGCACCAAAGCUCACAGGGAACCCCCCAUUAGCCCUGGUUGUUCUUUUUUUUCUUUUUUCUUUUUUCAUAGCCCCUGGUUUAGGCAUUGCCGCACGAG